AUGUGCAGGAGACAAAACUGCAGAAAACGAGCAGUUUUAGAACACCCAAACCGGGGAGGAAUCAGAGUUUGCAAAUUUUCUCCAAAUUCUUUGUUUUUGGUUUCUGGCAGUGACGAUGAAACUUUAUGCGUCUGGGAUGUACUUUCUUGGCGUCUCUUGAGAAACCUGAAAGGCCAUGAAGCAUUUGUUGUCACUUGUGCUUUUAGUCCGGAUAGUCAGUGGAUGGCAUCAGGCAGUAACUCUGGUGAAAUACACAUCUGGGAUAUGUCUUUAAAUUUUGGUAAUUGCCUGGUCAAAGAAGAAGUGCAUGACUUGGGUGUUGCAGCCUGUGAUUUCUCCAUUCUCUAUGGAUACGAUGGAGAACCUUAUGAAAAUGGGAAAUAUUUGAUGGCUACUUGUGGUCAAGAUAAUUUAGUUAAGCUCUGGAAUGUUCUUUGUAAUGGAGUCCUCAGUAUUACAUUUACCAACAGGUAUGUCCUUUCCGGUCACACCGCUCCAGUACUGUCCUGCUGUUUUUCACCACAUGGAAAACUCUUAGCUUCAGGGUCAUUUGACAAAACUGUCAGGCUUUGGAAUCCUCUGAAUGGCACUGCUGUUAAAAUAUUUGAAGGUCACACUAGGUAUGUUACUUGUUGUGCAUUCUCCCAUGAUGCUGUCUUCCUAGCCUCAGGUUCAAAUGAUAAAACAGUAAAAAUAUGGCAAAUUGAAAAUGACAGUCAAUCAGAAGAGGCUGGUGUUUCUUCCACAAGUGAGUCGUUCAACCAAUGUCCAGUUACUUCCACACCUUCCUCUACCUCUUCCGCUCCUAUGCAAAGUAUAUCUUCCUCUAUGCCUCAUUGGCAGAAACCCAUCAACAGAUGGACAGUUGAUGAAGUGUGCUGCUGGCUUGGACAUAUUGGAUACAGCAAUUAUGAAGAUAAUUUCCGACAGAAUGUUAUUGAUGGUUCUGAACUUCUUUCACUAACCCAAGAGUCACUGGAAAAGUCAUUGAGAAUCAUGGCCUAUGGCAUCCGAAACAAGAUUAUCCGAGCCAGGGAUUUCCUUAUGGAAGAUGCAACCCCAGGAAUUUCUUCACAGGCUGAUUUUGAUUACACACCUGAUGAAUAUCUUUGCCCCAUUUCCCGGGAAAUUAUGCAAGAUCCAGUGAUAGCAGCAGAUGGUUACACUUAUGAAAGAGCAGCCAUAGAGUCGUGGAUUAAAACCGCACCUGACACCGAAUCGAACUGUCAAAAUGCUGAUACAACGUCAUAUCACAAGUUAAAGACUCUAGAAUCCUGUCUCAAGAGAAACAGGACAGCCAAUGUAAUGAGGAAACACAUUGUUAAGAUUUGGAAUAGUUUUAUCUGA